CAUGGCGGGCAACGGAGGCGAUUUAACAGAAGUUUACGUGACUUUCUGUGCAAAAAAUAACAUCAAAACAAAUCCGUACAUUGUGGAAGUUUUACAGAACACGCCUGUGACAGAGAGUUUCACAUUAAAACUUCCAGGAAAUAACAGACUGAACCCGGUUCAGAGACUUGACGACAAAGACGCUCUUGCUCUGUCAAAAUGUCUGCAAAACAACGCAAGUGUGGCAGGUCUUGAUCUGAGGUACAAUAACAUCACAGAUGAAGGAGCUGCACACCUUAGUGACCUGUUACAGGAGGGAAACUCAGCGCUGCGAUCUCUGGACUUGACCUUCAAUGACAUCGAAACCGACGGUGCUGAAAUCCUCAGCAAAAGCCUUCAGAGUAACAGCUCCUUACUCUCUCUCAGACUGUCGGGUAAUAAGAUCGGAAACCGAGGCGCAACGUACCUGGCCGCUGUUUUACAGGUGAACGCCACGCUGCAGGACCUCCACCUGGACGACUGCGACCUGGCCACUCAGAGUGUGAUCGCACUCGCCAUCAUGUUGAAAAACAACAGGACUCUUCGCUCCAUCGACAUCAGCCGGCCACUGCUCUUCAGCCUCCAGGAGGAAUGGGUCGUCCACUGGGCGGAGAUGCUGGAGGUGAACGGGGGUCUGGUGGAGCUCCAUCUGGGGAAGACGGGUCUGACCAACACUGGGAUGGAGAGGCUGGCUGAAGGCCUGAGGCUCAACCACAGCCUGAGAUACCUGGACCUACGCUGUAACCGUGUGACUUGUGACGGCGUGCGACCUUUGGCUGAGACGCUGAAGCACAACGGGACUCUGGAGGUCAUCGAUCUGUCGUCCAAUCGGAUGGAGGAUGAAGGUGCCGUGUACCUGAGCGAGGCCGUGGCUUCUGCAGGAUGUGGACUCAAACAGCUGUCCGUCUGCAGUAACAACAUCAGGACGGAGGGUCUGCUGGCUCUGGGUCAGGCUCUGAUGGUCAACACCACUAUGAGUCACAUCUACAUCUGGGGAAACCCACUGGAGCAGGCCGUCUGCAAGGCCUUUGCAGAUCUGAUGUCCUGCGGCCGUCUGGCGCCGGAGCAGACGGACGUCAGCGCCUACGAGGUGGACGGUCACAUGUUUCUGGCCCAGGUCACUCACAGUUUGACCAGACGCACACCAGGCACUGACGCCGAACUGGGACACACCAACCAUCCAAACACAAACCCCGCCUCCACGCCUCCUCAGAACAUGGAGGAUGAGCAGAUGUGACCCCCCACCCCACCCAAAUACUACGACCAUCUGAUUCUGUCUUAUUUGGUAAAAUUAUCUGUUGAUUAGUUUGGUCGGUAUUUGUUCAUUUAGUUGACUGUCAUGAUCCUAUUUAUUUAUUUUUGUUAAUUUUUGUAUAUUUUAGUCAGUUUUUGUUCAUUUUUGUCUGUUUUGUAGACUAUCAUAGGUGUUCUUAUUUGUUCAUUUUUGUCCAUUAUGUUAAUUAUCAUAUUCUUAUGCAUUCAUUUGUAAUAAUUUUGUGGGAUAUUUUGUUCAUUUUU